UUAGCAUGGAAACAAGAGAGCAGCUGCCCUUCAGUCUCCUCCCUCUCUGACCAGCUCCUGUUUGUGACAGAGUUAUCUUUGUCUUCAUCUUUAACUCUCAGACUCUCAGGAACAUAUUCAGGCUGUCAUCUCUCUGACUCACAAACUAAAUCAACAGCACCCUUCACACGCUCACAGCUAGCAGACUCAUUUCAUCGCACAGCUAAGUCAUGGCGGACAGAAAGGACAGCAAGAUCCCCAGUAAAGGCGGCAUGAUAAAGAAGAAAGAAAAGAAAGUGGAGAAAGUAGAGAAUAAACCUGAAAAGGAGAAAGAAAAGAACAAAGAUAAAGGUGAAAAUGCGACAAAGAAGCCAGAGAAGACCCCAGAAAAUCAGCAAAUAAAUGAGGAGACGCCUCAAGGAAAUGGGGAAGUAGCAGAAGGUGCCAAAGGCCCUGUCAAAGAUGAGGAGUUUGAGCUGGAGCCCAUGGAGCUGCCUCCAUUCGAGAUCAUUAUAGGAGACAGAAUGAACCCAACCUUCUUUAAGUUCCAGUUUAAAAAUGUGGAAUAUUCCUCCGGACGCAACAAGACCUUCCUGUGCUACCAGGUUGACAUUCAAGGAGGCACUGGAGAGACAGAAGGCCUUCGCGGUUACCUGGAAGAUGAGCAUUUGGGUUCACACGCUGAAGAGGCCUUCUUUCAACAGGUGCUGGCCUAUUAUGACAAGUCACUCCACUACACAGUGACCUGGUACACGUCCUCGAGCCCUUGCGCAGCCUGCGCUGCUAAGCUCGUAGAGAUCUUGCGAGCACGCAAGACAAUGCGCCUUAAUAUCCACUGCUCCCGUCUCUUUCAGUGGGAGGAACCAGAGAUACGGGCCGGACUUCAGGCGCUAGUUAGAGCAGGGUGUAAAAUACGCAUGAUGAGGCCUGUGGAUUUUGCGUAUGUUUGGUCUACGUUCGUUGAGAACGAGGAAGAUAACUUUACACCGUGGGAGGACUGUCAAGAUAGCUAUGAUUAUUACGAUGAGAGGUUGUGUGAUAUUUUAAAGUAGGGUAAGGAGCCGCAGCUGGCCUCUGAUUAAGACUGUUAAGAACAGCCUAGGCACCGCCUUUAAGCAAAUUUAGUCAUUAAAAGCGAAUUAUUACAAUGUCCCUGUAAUUACAACAGCAUUGUUUUCUCUGUCAACACUAUUCAUCCUGUAAAAUCACUUUGUUGACCUUAUUGAUUUUAAACUUAAGAUAAUGAAUUCAA